CUGUUCUGAGGGGAGGGGGGUGCACUCAAUAUUAGUUCCUAAUGUUUUGUACACUUAGUGUAUAUUCCCUGUUACAAAAGACUGCUUUAUCACUUUGCCCUUUUAAGUAACAUACUGUAUGCUGGUGUCAUUGUGGUUAUGAGUCAAGGCCAUGUGACCCAGAAUGUAUUGUAAUGAGAUCAGUCAAAGAUGUUAGCUUUUUCUGGAAAAGUCGACAUGAGGGCAUUGGGUUAGGGUUGCUAAAAAAAACUAUGACAAUAUCAAUAGCAGCUAUGUGUGAACAUUUUCAUAAACGUCUCAAACUGAAAAGAGCAAUAUAGAUGUAAUUGAAAAUGUGUUUCACUAGACUAAAUGAAUGGAGCUAAAUUAAGUGGUUAAUUCAUUGGGUUAAAUUGAGAUGUUUCAUGUAGUAGAACUGUCUCCAACGUUGUUUUCCCAUUAUCAUUUUUAACAUAAAUCUAUUUGAUUUCCACUAUGUGCUGUCUGCUAUCGAGGGAGGUGGUAGAACUCUUUUCCACUUCUUUUCCUCAUAAUUUAACCCCUGGCUAUACUGUGAGUGCUUUGGUUAUACAAUAUUCAACAGUGACACAAUAUUCAAUACAACAGAAUGAAUAUGAGUUUCACCAAUACAAGAAGCAUUCAUGUCAUGAUCAUUCUGAUUCUUAACGGGCCAAUCUCCAUUGGGAUUAUGUGGUUUGAGCUCUGGUGCACCACUUGUCACUAGGUUUUACUCAAAUAACCCACAAAUGCAUAGGACUUUUGCAAUAUGAAAAUAUCACAGAUUGUAAUCACAUGAUGCUGUUGAUCAACCUGUAUGACAGUCUGUUUUCUGCAUGUUAUUUGAGCUAUUUCAGUGAAGUGAGAGGGAAGUGAAACACUGUAUGUAGGAGGCUCAGCCUGUUCAAGGCUAGAUUACAUUGAGUAGUCUGCACUUGGAUGAUAUUGGUUUCUACAGGACUGGAAAUGCAAAUUGGAGAACCAUGUCAAAUUCAUGGGUUUCGUUUUAACAGGCGGCAUUGAAGACAUKAGCACUCUAAACAUAAUUUUGGAUUAUGUUUAGAGUGGAUAGGAGUGGAUAGGAGUCUCUGGCCUGUGGGUGUAGGUUGAGACUCAGCCUGCGUAAAGUGUCUUUUGUUUUAGGACCUAGUUUGACCUAAUCCUAUGUUAAAUCGUUUCAGCUGAUCAAGCAGGGAAACAGUUUGAUGUAAUCCUAAUUUGGCUGGUUUCAGUUUUCUAGCAAUAUUGUUGAGCGUUUUUGGAGUUGCCUUGCGCAAUUAAGAAGUGUAUCCUUAGCUCGUUUUUGGGGAUAUGAAAGGAACUUAUUUUUUUUAUCACUGAUAUUGAAGUGAAAUAGUUGGUAACAGUUAUGUCUGACCAGUUGCUCUCUAAUGAGCGGUCUUUACCCCUCUUCAGGCGGUUGUGUUACGCAGCUGGUCACUUUUUGAACGACCUUUGCGCGUCAUUAUGGUUUACCUACCUAUUGGUCUACUACCAUUCCGUGCUUGGGUUCAAGAGCACAUAUGCAGGUGUAUUGCUGUUUAUAGGUCAAAUAGCGGACGGUGUCUCCACGCCCCUUGUCGGUAUCGAGUCGGAUCGAACAGCUGGAUGUGGAGCAUAUGGCAAAAGAAAAACUUGGCAUUUAGUCGGCACUAUCAGCGUACUUAUCUCCUUUCCCUUCAUAUUUAACCCGUGUCUGGGAUGUGGUGACAACACUCCACAGUGGGUGUGGCUCACCUAUUUCACCCCCUUCAUCAUCAUCUUCCAGUUUGGCUGGGCCGCCACCCAGAUCUCCCACCUGUCACUCAUCCCAGAGCUGGUGUCCAGUGAGCAUGCCAAGGUGGAGCUCACUGCCUACAGGUAUGCGUUCACGGUGGUGGCCAAUAUUACAGUGUAUGCUGUGGCCUUGUUACUCUUUCACUUCCAGGCCCAGCAGACUGGAGAUCCCUCUGUCACUGACAGCUUGGGCAUUGUUGACAUCCCCAUAUUCAGGGAUCUGUCCCUCAUUGUGCUGGGGAUCGGGGCAGUGUUUUCUUUCGUCUUCCACCUGGGCACCCGAGAGAGGGUUCCUCACAGGGAAGAGCCAGGCUCGCAGAAUGAUGAGAGUCAACCCCUGAUCUCCCCAACUUCCCUUAACACUAUACCCCAAUCUCUCCUCCAAUGGAAUCAUUGGCUGAAGGAGCCUUCAUUUUACCAGGUUGCUUUUCUGUACAUGUGCACCAGGUUGAUAGUCAACUUGUCCCAGACCUACGUUUCCAUGUAUCUCAUCAACUCCUUAUUGCUACCAAAGAACUUCAUUGCCACCGUUCCUUUAGUGAUGUAUGUCAGUGGGUUUGUGUGCUCUCUGGUCAUGAAGCCAAUCAGCAAGCUUGUAGGCAUUAGUAUGACUUAUUUGCUAGGCCUUGUGCUGAUCCUGGGGUUUUCCUCCUGGGUGUUGGUGGGCAUGAACAUAGGGAGGCUGAUCUAUGGAGCUGCUGUACUGCUGGGUGCAGGCUCUGCCACCAUCCUGGUCAUGUCGCUCUCCAUGACGGCCAAACUGAUUGGAGAACAGACGCAAAGUGGGGCCUUUGUGUACGGGGCGAUGAGCUUCACAGAUAAGGUGGCCAAUGGCAUUGGUGUCAUCAUAAUCCAGAGACUGCAUCCCUGCAAUUCACAAGACAGCUGUCCAGAAAGUGUGUGGUUCUAUCGAGAUGUCAUGGUGAUUGUGACCGGGGGUGUGGCCUUAGCAGCAGCAUUUUCCCUAUGCACCCUCCUCAUCUGGCCUAUUAGGAUCCGCCAACGUUUACCCAGUACUUCUGUCCAGAUGGAGGCAGAAGACAACAGAGAAUGAGGCUACACAGGAGUCAACUSAAGAAUAGAGAUUCAUUACACUGAUUAAUCUGUGGGGAAAACAUUGCACCUGUUCACAGGACAAAGACCAGGAGAUUUUCAGUAUACCCAUUGGAAAUAAAACAGAAACUUUACAGCAAGACUAACACCACCAUAUCUAUCUAUACCUUUUAACCAAUUUAGAUGUAAUGCAUUUAUGGGGAAUUUAUGGAGGGAAAUAAUUUUUACAAUGUUUAUUUAACUAGGCAAGUCAGUGAAGAACAAAUCCUUAUUUACAAUGAUGGGUACCAAUAAAUGGGUACAAUAUUCUACUUUAUAAUAAUACUGCGUACUGUAGGCCUACUUACAUGUCAAUGUUUUACACUUAAAAGGGAAUCACUUUUUUCUCCCUUUUUCUUCCAUAGAUGUUCUGAAAUAAUACUUAACAGGUGUAGUGACUGUCUCCAUUAUUUCCUUCAGAUUUUCAAUGUACAGAUUUUGAAAUUGUCAGUCACGCAGAGAUGUAAACUGUAUUUUUAUGAUUCUUUUCAUAUUUAAAAUGUUAAUGUCUUGUUUCCUUUAAGAUUUUGAGAGCUUUUGGACACAUUUGCCUGAUGCAUGGUGGAAAAAAUGACCACAAUGCCUAGUUUCUGAUGAAGAUGAGUUCUCAGAGGAAUAAACAUUUACAUCUCACUCACAUCUUCACUGAGAGAGAUGAGACAAUCAUCA